AUGGGAACAGCCAGGGACAAUCAAGUUGAACUGAAACUCCCACUCCUUGAAAAACCUAAGACCCCGAAAAACUAUAACCAUCCUGAGGUUCUCCGUCACACCUUUGAGACUCUGUCUAACCUUCACAAGCUGCUUCCAAAUCGUAUGAUGGAGCUGCUCUUUUCCUACAAGAGUGCAGAAGACAAGAAAAAAUGUGAGAAUUCUGAAUUCUCUGGCUUAGAAAGGAUCUUAGAAAGACAUCAAUUUCCCAAAGAGAUUAAUCUGACCCCCAAACCAAGCAGUAUGCCCCUGUGGAGAAGAAAAGUCGACAACAACGCAAAUCAGGGGUGGAAGAAAUGCCAUUUGUGGAAUAAAAACACAAAGGAGCCUCCAAUGUCAACCAUAGUUGUCAGGUAGGUGCCUAAUUUUUGCCCUAUGCAGGCAUAUUUAGAGAUGUAUAGGAUGACCACAAACUCUCUUUAUGCCUUUAAAAGCUAAAAAAUGACUUAAUGUUGUCUUUGGUAUAUACGGUGAGUGUGAAAACAAGCAUUGCUCUGUAUAAAAGCACAUGAGCCCCAUUUUCACACCUCCCAGUGUCUGCAGGAGCCCUCAUUGGGAGAAAACUCAUGGAGACUGGUGCAGGUGCAUGGGUUCCCCAUGGGCCAUCGCAUUCCAGGUCAGUGAGCAGAGACCUAGCAGGGCUGGAGAGGGAUUCUUAGGGACCCAACCACCGAGCUGUAGGGCUUUUAUGCUGCAUGAGUUGGGAAGCACCAGCCCACCCCAAGUAUGACCAGGGACCUAGGAUAAUAUCAUAUGAGUGGUAGAACUUUGGCUUUACACCUAGUCUACAAGAUUUCUUCUUUUUAACGUAAGCAUGUACAGCUAUAAAUUUUCCACUUAGCACUGAUUUUACUUUAUCCCACAAGUUUUGGUAUGUUGUGUUUUUAUUUCAUUUGUUUCACGAUAUAUUCUAAUUUCCCCUUUGACUCAUUGGUUGUUUAAAUGUGUGUUGUUUAAUUGCCGUACAUUUGUGGAU